AUGAAACGAAAUCAUAAAAGCAUACUAAAGUAUUUAAUUUUCGUCGUGAUCACUGCACUUGUAACAACUGUGAUUUUUAAAUUGUCUACUCAAUUUCAUCGAUAUGAAAAUGAUGAAACUAUACACCAGAAGACGGAUUUUGACAAACAGUUAUAUGCAAAUGGAAAUCAUAAUAAUAAGAUUGACUGGCAUGAUUGGGAAUUGACUAAUAUAGAGAAACAACGAACUGGUAUUGGUGAACAAGGAGUUAGCGCUUCACUCUCAUCACUCAAUCGGCAUAAAUAUGUUGAGUUGUAUAAAGUAAAUGGAUUUAACGCUUUGUUAAGUGACAGCAUAUCUGUUAAUCGCUCAAUACCAGAUAUACGACACAAAUUGUGUCGUUUUAAAAAAUAUAAUAGUAAAUUACCUACGGUUAGUGUAGUUAUACCUUUUCAUAAUGAACAUUUCUCAACACUUCUCAGAACUGUGUAUAGUGUCUUAAACCGUUCUCCUAAAAUCUUACUUAAAGAAAUAAUUUUAGUGGAUGAUUCAAGUACAAAAGCUAGUUUAAAGAGACCAUUAGAUAAUUUUUUAUCAAACAACUUAGCUGAUACUGUUCAAAUCAUACACUUGAAAAAAAGACAAGGUUUAAUUAGAGCUCGUUUAGCUGGAGCUAGAAAAGCCACCAGUGAAAUUUUAAUAUUUUUAGAUUCGCAUACAGAAGCAAAUGUUAACUGGUUACCUCCCCUUUUAGAACCUAUUACUGAAGAUUAUCGAACAUGUGUGUGUCCAUUCAUUGAUGUCAUUGCUUUUGAAACCUUUGAAUAUCGAGCACAAGAUGAAGGUGCGAGAGGUGCAUUUGAUUGGGAAUUUUUUUACAAAAGAUUACCACUUUUACCUGAAGAUCUAUUAUAUCCUACCAAACCGUUCCGGAGCCCUGUAAUGGCAGGUGGUUUAUUUGCUAUAUCAGCUAAAUGGUUUUGGGAACUUGGAGGUUAUGACCCUGGUCUAGACAUAUGGGGUGGAGAACAAUAUGAAUUAUCAUUUAAAAUAUGGCAAUGUGGUGGUACUAUUUUAGAUGCACCUUGUUCAAGGGUAGGCCACAUCUAUAGAAAGUUUGCACCGUUCCCAAAUCCUGGCAUUGGUGAUUUUGUUGGAAAGAAUUAUCGCCGUGUAGCAGAAGUAUGGAUGGAUGAGUAUGCUGAAUAUUUGUAUCUCCGUAGACCAUAUUACAGGAAUAUUAAUACUGGAGAUAUAACUAAGCAGAAAAAAAUAAGGGAAAAUCUUAAAUGUAAACCAUUUAAAUGGUUCAUACAUGAAGUAGCAUUUGAUUUAGUUGAAAAAUAUCCGCCUAUUGAACCACCAGAUGUAUUUAAAGGAAAGAUAAGAACGUUUACUGCUCCAGAGCUAUGUUUAGAUGCAACAUUAGUAAACCCGCUCAAUUUAAAAGAAUGUAUUGAUAAUGAUGAUGAAAAUCAAAAAUUUAUAUUGAGUUGGAGGAAUGAUAUUAAAACAAGAAAUAAUAUGUGUUUGGAUAUAAGUGACUCAUCAAUAAAAGCAAAAAUUAGCUUAUAUGGAUGCCAUAAUGGUGGAGGAAACCAACUGUGGCAUUAUGACCAUGGUAAAAUGAAACUUGUCCAAGGGAAAAAUCCUAGAUGUAUGGAACAUGACAUUAGUACCAGAAAAGUGUAUGUAACUAAAUGCAAAAAAAACAAUGAUGAUCAAAAAUGGAUAAUAGAAAAUUUUAACUCCAAAUCAACUAACUGGUCAUUAACACAUUAA